AAUCAUGGUGAAUACACAAUGCAUCAAUCUCAGGGCUAUUACUUUUAAUUGUAGAAAACAAAAACAGCAUGUAGAAAAUUAAAUCGAAAAAUCAUUUAAAUUAAAGUUCCUUAUUAAAACGAAGGACAGAAGGAGAGUGAAAACUCCUCUUUCAAUUAGCCAGAUGAAAGACAUAGUUUCAAAUGCCUUUGUCUAUGUAGAGAAGGGGAUGCAUGGGAGGGAUUCAAGUCACACACUAUGUACCAAAACGCAAAAAGGGACACACACACACACACACAAAUAUUUGUGCCCUCCCCUCUCCCUCUCUUGUCUUUUUUUUUAUGGUUGCUCAAAACCGUAGCUCUUCUAUGCCUCAAAACAACCUUCUUUUUUACACAUGAUAACCAUCGUACUUGAGCCAGAUACUUCGAGUAUUCACAACUUUAGUCAUGGCACUGUAUUACCAAACGAAAGCUUUCAAAUGACAGGCAUGGUAGAAAUUCAAGCAAUCCGUCCUGUUCACAUAAAACGUUUGCACAUUGGUUUUCAUGGCAGAGUUCAGACUGUUUUAUCCACCACUGACUUACAUGAUAGUUUAACCAUGGGCGAUGAAGUACCCAUGGACCGAUGGAAUACGAAUAUGCCGACAAAGUUUAUGGAUAAAUUAACCCGAGGUGUACUUGGCCAAACGCAAGUUCAUUAUACACUCGUGGACGAAAGUGUGGUUAUACUUGAAUCGCAAUGUCUUCCCAUGGGUAAAACUCGACUGCCAUUCAGCUUAAAUAUUAAGAAUAUUCAUUGUUUACCACCGUCACUGUUCUUACCGCACCAUGUGAUUCGAUAUACCCUUUGGGCCUCCCUCAAAUUAGAAAAGCUAAAAUUAUCCUUGACCAAAACCAAAUACAAGACCGAAAUGCCCAUCAUCAUGUACAAUCAUACGUAUCCCAGCCUUAAUUUAUUGGAUCUGUCUCGCAUACGGUAUCGGGGCAGCCGUAAAGAUUGUUUGAUGUAUGAAAUUAGUAUGCCUAAAUUUACAUGUUUACAAUCCACACGGCAUCCAUUUACAUGCCAAUUUAAUUUAAUACGUCGAGAUACGUUGAUUGAGUCCAUCGAGUUUUAUUUAGAACAAACUGAAUUAUACCCGAUUCGUGCGGGUAAUUAUAAUACAAUGUAUCAGGUCCAUGAGGAUACCUUAAUUGCAAGACAUCGCAAGUUUUCACGUACAAAACAUGAUAUGCAUACUUACGAAAAUGGAAAAGAACUGGAAUUAUCACUUUCAUUCAAUUUACCACAUAUCUCACCAUAUAUUGAUACCAGUACACUGAAAAUCCGUCAUCAGUUACAAGUGCUGAUUCGAUUUAACAAUAAAAAGGAGAAACAAAUGUCACUUAGUUUUCCAUUAACUAUUGGUACAGUGCCUAUGGAAGUCAUGGUGACGACUGUACAACCUUCGCCUAACCAAUGGCUUGCACCUGUUGUCCAUGACGAAUUACCCACGUAUUUAGAUGUUUUAACUGAAGGCCAUCCUCCUUCGCCAUUUCUGGAGGACAUUUAAAAUAUUUUGUGUUACCUUUAUUACCUUUAUAAACCAUGCUUUUGUGUAUUAUAAACUAAGCAGUAACGACAGAAAAAGAGAAGGGC